AUGGAUCCGGUCUCUUUCGAACACCGGGAUCCCACAAAAGCGUCUGCUGACGACUUGUCUUUCCAGUAUCCACCGGCAAAUGACCAAUCUUCAACUCUGCCUCCAGCCCAAGUUCAUGUUGUGCAACCAAAAACCGACUUUGCCACCACUUCCUACCCUUCUGGCGACGGCCCGCUGCUGGAAACUCACGCCCAAGGCCUCCAUCCACCCCAGCCGGCCACACCUCGAAUGCUUCGUUCGGUAUCGGGAUCAGUGAAGGGGUCGCGUAGCGACGUUCGAGUUGCUUCCGGCCCGCCGGGCCACGAGUCGCCACAUUAUGGUGGUUCUGGCGACGGUGGGUCUCACUCGCGAACCCCUAGUAUCGGCAGACCGGUUGCUUCGCCGAUGAAUAAGGAACUUCUUCCGCCGGCGGCUAUCAACCGCAAGCAGCAACAGACCCAGCCCCAAAAUGCCAAUCACCCGAACUUUCAAAAGGACUCGCCACGGGUCUCUCAUCACCAUCUGCACUCGCAGCCACAGACUCCUCAGAAUCAGACUCAGAACAUGACUCAGAACCAGACUCACCAGCAUCAGUCUGCUCAGCAUCAGUCUGCUCAACAGCAUUCCGCUCACUCUCAGCAGUCUCACGGUCUGCGCCAGUCGCUGCACCUGUCGCACCAGUCCCAGUCUCAGCCUGUUCAGCCUGCUCAAUCACACCCUGCUGGCUCGCAGCCUCACGGCUCUUCGCAGCACGGCUCCUCGCAGCAGGGCCAGCUGGGCUCUCAGCAGUUCCACAGAAAGUCCAUAGGCGACUGGGACUUUGUCAAAACCAUUGGCGCCGGGUCGAUGGGUAAAGUCAAGCUUGCUCAGCACAACAGCACUGGCGAGAUUUGUGCCGUUAAAAUUGUUCCCAGAGCUGCCAAAUUAUACCAAAGAGCCCAUGCUAAUGAUCCUCCGCUUAAUGCCCAGGCUUCCGCCCAGCGCCAAAAGGAAUUCGAGAAAGAAGUGGCUCGCGAUAAAAGAACUAUUCGUGAAGGUGCUCUCGGCCGUCUUUUGUUCCAUCCGUUUAUCUGCCGCUUGUACGAAAUGGUGCCAAUGACCAAUCACUACUAUAUGCUAUUUGAGUACGUUGAAGGCGGCCAGAUGCUCGACUAUAUCGUGUCGCAUGGAUCUCUCAAGGAGAAGAACGCCCGUAAGUUUGCUAGGGGCAUUGCGCUGGCGCUUGAAUACUGUCAUCGUAACAAUGUGGUGCAUCGUGAUUUGAAGAUCGAAAACAUCAUGAUCAACAGAAAAGGUGAUAUCAAAAUCAUCGAUUUCGGCUUGUCUAAUCUCUACUCACCCAAAACCUUGCUCAAGACCUACUGUGGUUCUUUAUACUUUGCAGCUCCGGAACUCUUGUCAGCAAAGCCUUAUACGGGACCCGAGGUCGAUGUAUGGUCUUUUGGAGUGGUACUCUUUGUUCUUGUUUGCGGAAAGGUUCCGUUCGACGACCAGUCAGUGCUGGUUUUGCAUGAAAAGAUUAAAAAGGGCAGCGUGGUGUACCCUGCUGACCUCUCCAAAGAGUGUGUUUCGUUACUUUCUCGCAUGUUGGUGGUGGAUCCGCUGAAACGGGCCCUGUUGUACGAGGUGAUGCAACACCCAUGGAUGAACAAGGGCUACGAUGGUGUAAUGUCGUCUUAUCUUCCAAGACGGACACCACUUUCUCUUCCUUUGGACCCCGAUAUCAUCAAGGCUAUAGCCAGUUUUGAUCUUGGAUCGCCGCAAACCAUUACCGAAGAAUUGACCAGUAUUCUUUCCAGCGUUGAGUACCAGAUGAGUGUGGAAAACUGGUACAAAAUCGCCGAGCUGGGUCGCGACUAUGCAUCUGCUCCAAACUCGCUGCUUCUUCCGGAUCCAACAGGAGGCUACCAUCCUCUCAUUUCCAUCUAUUUUCUCAUCAGCGAAAUGCGUUCCAGAAAACGGGCCAAAGAAGAAGCCGCCAAGCAGCAAACUGCAGUUUCAGGCCAGUCACUCCAGCAACAUUCUCCGGCGCCAACUCCUCGUCAAACUUCGGUUCCUCCUCCUCAGCAGCAUGCCCCCACCCCGCCAGUCCAGAACUCUCCAUUGCCUUUCCCAGAACAAGCCCAUACUCUUGCGCCGUCUAUGGUUGAGUCUAAUAGUUCCAGAUUGCACGAACUGUCGCAACUUCCUAUGCAGCAACAGAGCCCAACCGUCAAGCACGACACCUUGGAUCCCAAAGCUGGAUUCAACUCUAUUCUUCGUCGGAUGUCGUCGAGAAAAAAAACCACUUCGCCCACGAGAACAACUCCGGAGUCGUCUUCAAAUCACAGCAUUCCAACCGUCGAAGUGGGGCAUGUUGGCGCUGCUUCGAACACACCUCAGAGGUCGUAUCUGCCGCAAAACCUCUCGCCAGAACCACUGGCUUCGGCGCAAUCUCCAGACCCCAUGGUUCGUCGUGGUGUCAGCAUGAAGGUGACCGCCAAGGAAAAAUCUUCGUCCAAUUUGGAUGCUUCUCCAGUCAAACAACAAGCACCUGUUCAGCGCCAAGCAGGGCCCAGACACGAUCGUUCGCACUCCACUACCGUUGCCAAACCAAGAUUUACUCCCGUGGAAUACUUGCCGCCGUUGCCUAAUCUUGAUGCCGAGGUAUUGUCUUCCACGAAACCCCCAGGAAAGUCUCUUCAUCCUACUGCUCGUGCAAAAUCCGUGGGUGGUCAUGUGAGAAAGGAGUCUUACAACACACGUAGUAAAACCCAGCAGCAACCACCUUUACCCAAUGUCAUGGCAGGCCAGAAUUCCGACGAGCUUGUUGGCGGAGGCCGCGACGACGGGUUCUUUGAUGACAUUACAAUCGAUGAUAUUGAGCACCAAAUCGUUCCCCAGCUCAGCGACAGGGAGAUCAUCGACCAGUUCAACAACGCUAAGCCUAAUAGCAUGCCGUCGAUCGAGUAUCCCAAAACUCUCUUUCUCAAAGGCUUUUUCAGUGUUCAAACUACGUCUACCAAACCGCUUCCAGUCAUUCGUUACAACAUCAUUCGUGUAUUGAGCCAGUUGGGAGUCAAGUUCCAGGAAGUGAAGGGAGGCUUCGUGUGUGUUCACACACCUUCGUUGUCGAAAAUUUCGCCAGAAGGAUCUGCUAAUGCUACCAUAGCUUCUACCAACGAAGAGGAAGAAAAACUUUAUGGAGAUGCUUUCAAGUCCACGUCUUCCUCCAUCGAAGGAUACCACCAUGAGCAUGAAUCCGAACGCACUCCCCUCAGACAGCCGUCGUUACAUCUACAAACGCAAGCGCUCUCACCGCCAAGUGUCAAGACCCAUAGAUCAUCGAAUUCAGUGGGCCAUCGGCGAAAGAUUUCCAUUGGCAAUUCCAUUCUUAACCGCAAGAAGAACGGAUCUCAAACGUUAAUGCCGCCUAAUACUCCAGCCAGCGCCAAGAUAAGACUGUUGGAUGAUGACUACGAAGACUACGAUGAUAGCCGAUUUACCGAAGAUGACUCGCUUGAUUCUUUGGGAGGCAUCAUGGUGGGAGGCGGCAGUGAUAUGUUGGUUUCUUCGAGAUUGGAGCAGCGAGUCAACCAUAAACAUACCGCCAGUAAUUCUGGAGCCAAGCCUAAGAAAUCACCAUUGAAAUUUGAGAUCCAUGUUGUUAAGGUUCCUCUAGUUGGACUUUAUGGUGUUCAAUUUAAAAAGAUCCUUGGUAACACAUGGAACUACAAAACGUUGGCGGGUCAAAUACUUAACGAGUUAAACUUGUAG